AGUUGCACGUAGUGCAUUAUUUUCUCGUUGCUGAUUUCUAUGCUGCUGCACUUGUUCAUCUACAGCUUGCAUCCGCCACAUGCUGACGCGUUACAGUCAGCACUGCCUUGCUUGCAAUGUCGACAGGUGCUUGCCAUCGCCCAGACAGGGCACUGAGGCCUUUCUAAAAGCAUCAGGCAUCACUACCGUGUGUGUGAAUGAGUCAAGCGGGUCCCAGCCGGUUCGUUCGCUCAUGACCGUCAACGCGCAGAUGGUGGCGCAACCUGGUGCUUUAGCUUUGAGAUCUGAAUGGGUCCCGUCCAUCCUUCACCGCUACUGUGCUCUGAUUUUCUCCAAGGUCACAAUCGAACUCGCCGUCGUGGCCACAGGCGCAACUCCGCUCUGUACUCUCUUCUACUACCUCGCAGUUAACAUGUUCCAGCUCACGGACUCGCUGCUUCGCGGGGUCAUGCACCACCGCGCACAGUUCCCACUGGAGCUGUGCCACCCACCGGUUUUCGAGCCUAAGAAACUCUCGCUGCCCUUCCCUAAGAGUGAGUCGGACACCACCAGUGUGGCCUCCACAACACCCAGCGAGAGCUCCACAGUCUCCACACCCGUAUUGCGCGAGCGCAUGAGCCUGAGUUUCAUCACGAACCCGGAUCCGGUGGUCGACACACAGCAAGCUUUCAGCCUCCCGCAGGCAGGCGUAAUCUGCUCCAAGAAGAACUGUUACCGCACAGCCAACAGCCUCUUUGGCGCCUUCUGUGAGUUCCACAAGCCUAGUCGACUUUGCAAAGUACCUGAAUGCCGGAAGUGCGCCAAAACCGGUGGCUUCUGUAUUUCACACGGCGGUGGUCGUCGAUGCCGCCAAGACGGCUGCGUCAAGAGCGCCAAGGAGGGAGGCUACUGUAUCGCCCACGGAGGUGGUAAGCGGUGUCGUGAGGAAGGAUGCUCCAAGUCGGCGCUGGCCGGUGGGCUCUGCUCCGCCCAUGGCGGCGGAAAACGCUGCAGCGCAGCCAAUUGCUCCAAGACGGCUCUCAAGGGCGGUCUGUGCAUCGCACACGGUGGUGGCCGAAGAUGCGAAGUCCUCGGGUGCUCUAAAAGCGCCGUCGGUGGUCAUUUGUGCGUCUCGCACGGCGGUGGUCGCCGCUGCAGAGAAGCAGGCUGCAACAAGGGCGCCGUACGCCGAGGCGUGUGCAUCCGCCACGGAGCACGGCAAGACUAAACCAGAUCGAUAGCUUUAGUUUCGUUAGUUAUAAGGAGGGCUUCCCUCAUGUAAAUACACCCGCCAAGACACUGUAAAUAC